AUGCCACCCUCACCAUCAAGGAACAGGAGUCGCUCGCGCUCACCACCGCGCAAACCAAAAUCAUCAGGAGGAUUCCGCUGGAAAGACAAGGGCUCGCGCGCAAACGACAGCUUCAGCCGCGAUUUCGACGACCGCAAUCGCGAUGAUGCGCCUCGUCGCUCUUCACCACCCCGCGAUCGCGACAGAUAUCGGGAUCGUUCGCCUAGACGCGAUGGCAACAGAGACAGCUACCGUCCCAGAUCGCCGAGACGAGACGACCGUGAUCGAUACAGAGAUGGAGGUGACAGGAGACGUUCACCUAGACGCGAUGGAGGCAGAGAUGAGAGGAGAGAGAAGAGAAAAGAGGACAAGCCCAAGAGUGACAAGGAGAAGGAGAAGAAGCCAAAACCUGUCGCUGCUCCCAGUCGUGCGGAGCCCAUGAUUAUUGUCAAUGUCAAUGAUCGUCUGGGAACCAAGGCUGCUAUUCCUUGCUUGGGCAGUGACCCAGUUAGUAAGUGCUGUCUAACACUUCAUCGUUGUCUUUGGCAAGUGCUGACUUUCUGUGUAGAAGCAUUCAAGGCCAUGGUUGCUGCACGUAUUGGUCGUCAGCCCCACGAGAUCAUGUUGAAGAGACAGGGCGAACGUCCAUUCAAGGACCAUCUUACUCUGGACGAUUACGGCGUUAGCAAUGGCGUACAACUCGACCUUGAAUUGGACACUGGCGAUUGA